ACUUGGCAGGUCCACCUCCAAAUAAGCCGUGCUCUGAGGUGCGAAUGGACGGGCCAAUGCAGCAUGGCGUCUGUUCUGCGGAGAAGUCAGAAUUUCCCACUAUGGAUUAAAGCGAGUUCUCGCGUGUUGAUCAGGGACAAUAGUGCUGGGUUUUCUCGUCGCUAGACCGACUAUAAUUAGCACUGGGAUCGCAGAAGUAACGGUGAUAAUAUCAUGGACAAUCCAUGUCUGGGCCUUCUGCCAAGCCCCUGUCCACAGCUGUCGUCCACCAUAAUUCCCACCCAGGACCCAGGUAUCCAUUCCUCCUCGUCUCUCCUCGCCGUUAUCCUUCAUCUGGUCGUUGCCACGUUCGAUUUGCCGCCUGAAGUCGCCCGCUUGACCAGUCGUCCUCGUCUGUCGGCAAAGUGACCCGUCAUCUCUCCUUCGUCUUGCCUCUCCUCCCUCCUUUCUCCGAGCAACGGCUAUCACAGUGUACAAGGACAGCACGUUGCGCCAGAAGGUGAUGUUCGCACAAUCCUAGAUGGUUGUCAAGAUUUCCGCGUAGUUGCUACUACUCGUCACGAUGUCGGAGUCUAGCCCAACGACACAAACAGAUCCUCACGAGGCAACGGUGGCUGCCACAGCCCCUUCGCCGCUCCGACUUGUCGCAUCGUUCCCUACGAUGCCCGAAUGCAUAUCGACCGAUGGAUGUAGCUCAUCCAAUGACUGUUCUACCGACAGUCCGUUGUCAAAAACUGCGUCCGAAUCGCAAGUGGAUGCAAAAGUACAUUCCAGUGAAACGCCGGCCGUUUCAACCGGGACUGACGUUAAACCUCCGCUGCCAGAGGGCCACCACCCCACGCUCAGUUUGAAAUCGCUCCUCAGCAUCCCCAGUAUCGUUGUCAGCGACGCAGAGUCCCGCCCUAGUUCUCGAUGGUCGGAGCGCAUACGGGGCAGUCUACAGGGUAAACGGUCUGGUGAUUUUGACCGCAAGGCGGUUUCGCCUCCACCACCUGAAGCAGAAGACGAAAAGCUCGACCCGAUCGCACUCAACUUACCACCGCCUACUCUUGAUGGAAUGCAGUCUAUGGAAUUUCCCCAUCGUGGGAGUUUCAUACAAAAGCCUAAACAACAACCUGCUGAGCCGGUGGAGCAGAAAGACGCUGCGACUGGCGUUCGCCGAACCGACACCGCAUGCAGCAAGCCAGGUUCACUCUGUGCAAGACGAACAAGCUUGAUUCCGAGAGCUAUUUCUGCAGAUGAAGACAUGCUGUCACGCCGUGUCAGGUUGAUGUAUGAGAAAGGGAUAGAAGACGUGAGUGAUGAGGAAGUGGCGAGGGCUGUGGCCCUGGAGAAUGGCGUGCUGUGGGAAGAGGGUCCUGAGGUGGCCAGUCUGAACGCAGAGGCUGAUACUAGCACUGGCGAGACUGAAACCAAAAGCGUCAACUCAUCCUCGAUCAAAUACAAUCCGGUAUCUAUUCCGAAAGAGGCCUAUGAGCUGGCUGGGGGAAUAGAAUAUUGGCAGGAUAUCAGGGCUGGAGAUGUGGACAGAUACGGGUUUAUCCGCCAACAAACAGCGAAUUCUAGUGAUGGCGUGGAUGCAAAUCCACUUCAGCGAGUUUCUACGAGCCUCCUUCUUGCUUCGCAAACACCGCGGCGGAAACGCUCUCUUCGUCCGCCGACGGCCCCGUCGGGCAAUCGCCCAUUCACAGGACUGUCCCCAACACGAAAGACAUCAGACACAGCCGUCCGCCCAACAUCGUCGCAAAGCGGAUACAGUCCUCCGCUGCGGCGCACUACGUCUCGAUUACGCUUCGCUGCAAACUAUCUGCCGCAUAAUCGCACUCGCAAAUUCAAAGAUGAAGCAAGCGACAUGCUCACUCCCCCUGUUGAUGUCAUCAAUGAUGAAGACGCACAGGAUACGCCGAUCACACGCUCGAUGAGGAAGAAAGAAUGGCGUAGGGAAGACAAAUGGACAAAAAUGGCCAAACCCACGAAGAAAAACGGUGAUGGCGGAGGGACGACAUAUGAGUUUGACACGCAGAGCUCUAAGCUAGUUGAACGGACAUGGAAAGGCAUCCCGGAUCGGUGGCGGGCCACUGCCUGGUAUGCCUUCCUGGAGGCUAGUGCUAAACGACGGCAGAACUCCCCUACGGAGGCAGAGCUCAUUGAAGCGUUUCACGAAUUUCAGUACAUUUCGUCGCCGGACGACGUACAGAUCGACCUUGAUGUCCCUCGGACUAUCACCAGUCACAUUAUGUUUCGCAGACGUUACAGGGGAGGCCAGCGAUUGCUCUUCCGCGUGCUGCAUGCCAUGUCCCUGUAUUUUCCAGACACCGGAUAUGUUCAAGGAAUGGCAGCCUUAGCAGCCACGCUUCUGGCUUAUUACGAUGAGGAACAUACCUUCAUCAUGCUCGUUCGGUUGUGGCAGCUAAGAGGGCUGGAACAGCUAUACAAGUCCGGCUUUGCGGGUCUCAUGGAAGCUUUGGAUGACUUUGAAAGAGAGUGGUUGGAAAAGGGAGAGGUUGCCGCCAAGUUGAAUGAACUCGGUAUCCCACCCACUUCGUAUGGGACCCGUUGGUAUCUAACCCUCUUCAAUUAUUCAAUUCCGUUCCCGGCGCAACUUCGUGUAUGGGACGUGUUCAUGCUCCUCGGAGAUGCUGAAGAUCCUGUCACGUCGCGAAUGCACCACAAGCACUCGAAGCCCAAGUCUACGUCACAUCAUUCGAAGACAAGCACGUUCGGUGUUGGUUUGGACGUUCUUCAUGCUACCUCUGCUGCUCUCAUCGAUGGCAUGCGGGAUAUCAUUCUCGAAUCGGACUUUGAGAACGCCAUGAAGGUCCUGACUAGCUGGGUGCCUAUCAAGGACGUGGAGUUGUUCAUGCGAGUCGCUAGAGCGGAAUGGAAAGUCCAUCACCGGAAAAAAGCAGGUUUGGUAUGAGCAGUUCCGUACUCUUUGAAGUCAUUGAUAUCGCCUUUUCUUCCCCCCCCUUUUUUUUUCCCUCCACCCUUUUCUUCCUCCUUCCUUCUUUUCUCUUUUUCCUUUUUCUCCUAAUUUUUCUCUUUUGUCUCUUUCUCAUGCUGGAUUGUUUUCGAUCCACCUACAAACCAGUGAUACCCCACAACCAGCCUCGAUAGGCCGGAAAUUUUUAUUAUCUAUCAAUGUGUAUGUUGCUUUUUCUUCUCCUUCGUGUUCUCACCAUCGCCCUUCAUUACCUGGACAUUUUAGCCGAAUCGAGUUGAAAAAGCAUAUCAGCAGCCUUAACGUAUACACCUCCUUAUUACAUAUCAUUGUUGCUAUUAUUUUAUUAUUUUAUUGUUAUUAUCCAUUCGCGAGUUCAUACCUAAUCCCUUUUAUAUCCUCUUGAACAUUCCCACCCAUUCCAUCCAUCCAUCCAUACCAUACCAUCUCAGAUCGACAAAUCGCCUCAGAAGAACUUGAUCCUAUGCAUGAAUUUGUCAACGUGUACUUUAUACUACUUAUAUUUUAUUUGAUCUAAUUAAUUGUAACAUUGUGACUUUGGCUUUUACGUGGGUCGGAACACUUGGCCAUUGUACUGUGUACGAGAAGACGACUGCAACAGCUGGCAGGACGUCAUAAAGCUGGCAAAGGACAAGUCAUCCCGUUUCCAAGUAAUCAUGCAUGGAGUACAUUGUCGUAUCGAACACGCA